UGACACUAACUAGUAGCCUUCUAUGAUGCAACUCGGUAGCCAGAGAUUUUUCAUAUCAUAUUGGCCUGGUUGAAAUUCACAAAAUGUUAUUAGCAAACUGCAGCUGGGUUUGAUUGGGAAAUAGAAACUUGUCAACGUUACUUGAAUGUUAUAGUAAGUCGAGUCUCAUCCAUUCAUCGAAAUUCGGUAGUUUCCAGGUUUGGAAAGUAAAAGUAACGAACAAGAAAGGCUGGUUAAGUUUUUCGGUCGUCUACUUAGGGAUGGCAGAUCUAAGCACCAAGUCAGUACAAGAGAUCACUGAUCUCCUGGAUGAAUACGGCAUCAAGCAUGGGCCUGUCGUUGGCAGCACCAGAAGCCUCUAUGAGAAGAAGCUGAGAGAGGCCAUGACCAAAGGUACCCCGAAACCGUCAUCUGACAAGACAUACUACAGAGAAGAGGAGGAAGAAGUCGAGUACAUCGAAUAUCAUCCACCGGUGAGAAAUGAAGGCUUUGGGGAUGUCGUCCGAAGACCAAGAAAUUUUGAAUACAACGAUGAAGUUGAUCACCACUUUGAAGAGCCCAUCAUUAACAGGUCAAAAGCGUCCUAUCAGAACACGUCUUACUCCAUGGCUCCGCCCCUAAAAGCUAGCCAGAAGAAGCCCAUCACAGAAGUCCCCAAAUCAGGUGGAAUCCCGGGAUGGCUGCGCUUGCUUGUGUUCGUCAUCAUAGCUGUAUUUCUGUAUUACGUAUACUCAAUCAUGGAGACCCAGGAGGAAAACCCAUUCAACAGGGGGAUUGAAGCAUAGUUGACCAUUUUCUGGUUCUUUUCAUUUACAAAGAAUUGUUUCACUACAAAAAAACACUUCAAUUUCACAUUCACAAGAGUAUUUCCUGUUUAUGGUACCUCUUCAAACAUUAUAGAAUGUAAAUGCCUUUUUUUUUUUUUUUUUUUUUCAGAAACUGUCUAUGGUUCAAUGCCAAGACAUUUUUAGUCGACUGCAGUACCAUAAAUCAUAAAAAGGAAGUAUUUUUUUAAAUGUUUUUACCUGAUUAAAUUUCUGAAUGUACAGACAUUACUCUUAGUGCAAAAAAUUGCAAAUUUUGUACUUGCUAGCUUGCAUCCUGUGCAGUCACUCUAAUUCCACACUGAAUUGAAUGCAUUUUAUAUGGAAGUUGAUACAGCUCUACUUUUGGGUUGAGUUGAGUCUAAUAGAUUUUGAACACAAUAUUUAAUUUGAAUCAAUGCGCCUCAGUGUUUUUAUAUCAGAAGUAUCUUGAUUGUAUCAAUAUACUAUUAUGUCGUUGUUUUUUUUUUUUUUACCUUAGGAAGGACUACAGUGUUGUCAAAUGUUUUGCCAAAGAUAAUGUCGUGAUGUAGAAGAUGCAUUUUCUUUCUGUCCUUUCCAAAUUUUGUAUGGACCACUUUUUAACUUUAACAAUAUUUUUUCCAGUUUGUUUGUACCCAUCUUCAAUGCAUUUGUCCAACAAUAAAGUUUGUUUUAAGCAUUA